UAAAACAAGACCCAGCACAAAAGUGAAAAUGAGACACGUGCGUAAACAAUGGAUCUGUACAGGUGGAUGUGUCCUGACGGAGAUGCUUUUAUUCGGUCGAUGAAUAUAUCUGUCAGUCCAUCAAAUUGCGGUUAUCAGCCCACACCAAGAUUAGUGAGGACGUGAAAUUGUUUACGCAUCGCUCAUCAGAUUUGGAAUGUAGGAGAGACAGAGACACAUCACGAAACAAAAAGUCUUCUUAACUAAGACUUUAGGAGACAAUAAUACACAAAUAAAGAAGGAUAGAAGGAAGGAAGAAUGAAACAAAGAAGCCAACAAGAAAAAGUGGGAUGUGGCCGUGCUCACCUUGUCUACACGUGCAGUGCACAUCUCUCGGAAGUUAUCACUCGGCGAUAGAUGGCAACAGAACAACAACAAGCAGAGCGUGCGCACUCCUUGGCAACGGAGCGGCAAGGGGCGAGGGGCAUGCUCUCCUUGCCAACUGCAGUCACGUGCUGCAGCCCGCAGUGACCCCCAUUACGCUCCCUGAUAAUAACUCACAAGGGAAUGGGAGACAACAAGUACACUGCCGUGUUUUCCUCCGACUGCAAGUGUCAUCAUGGCAGGAUGCUGGAGUUUGCGCUGUCAUGUUGUUCCUCCGCUGGUUCCUGAUGUUCUUGGUGAGCCUACACUUGGAUUUCUCUCUAGUCUGGCUACCCCAUGCCCGGAGAGUUGAGGAUUGAAGUUUGUCCACACUGUCCAUCGUCUGUGGCUAUUUCCCCGUGAAAGAAGAAAGAUCAUAAGUGAAAAGAAAUGGGAAGGAUGGAAUGAGGAAAAAGGACGGUACAGGUUUAUUCGGGACUUGCCCUUCAUUCGUCGGUUGAUCGUGUUCAGGCACUUAUCAAGUCGCUGCUGUGUUUAAAAUCAAAAUCAUGUCUGACAGUCAGGGCUCCAGCCACAACCACUCGGUACUGAAGAAUAAGGGUGAGAUGAAGGAGUGAGAGAAAACCGAAGUUAGUUGGCAUUUGCGACAGGUUCGCCCACUAUCUUGCACACCAUGAAAAACAGGUUAUUGUUACAUUCUCUCUCUCCCCUCACACACAACUACCAUGUGGUACAGUCGCAGGUGUUCUCAAAACUUUCAUUUUGAAACCAAUCCUGGUGUACAGGGGGCGUGAGACAGUCGCACCUCACACAAAGUGUGUCUUGUGCAAAGGUAGGAUUACAGGCUGAUUUUACCCACCUUACCUUUCUCCUCAGCUCUGACAUCAAGCGUAUGAAAGCCUACCCCAGCAAACCCUCCAUUGUAACCAAGUAGACCAACCCGUCUCCAAACUACGACGGCAUAGCCCUGGGUGUAGCCAGGCAUGCUCUUUUAAUUAGGUCACAGCAACAACAGUGCAGGAGGAAGACCCAGGGACCAGGGGCUACAAGAAAAAGUUUCUCGGUUUAUUGAUAGAUCAGCAGAGAAAAAAUAGAGCAUCGAGACUGGCUUUGGUCCUCCGCUAACCCUCCACACCACUCCCCCUGUUGGCCGAGGGGCUAGUGGUGGCGCUAGCAGGCGGGGAGUAUUGAUUGUACAGCUCGCCUGGCAGCCAGACAUCCAGACAUCCAGCCUCUGUAGCUGGCCGUGUACAGUGGCCGCCACUCGCCUGCAAAAGGUUUCCUUUGGCCGAGAGAAGCACAAACCGCAUUCCUUCUCUCCUUCUUCCUCGAGCUGUGACCACUGACUGCUGUCACUUCCCCAAGCGUCUGGAAUAACUGUGAAAACUGAAAUAAGGGGGUAUUCUUCGGAAAUCCUCCGCAUGACGACAGACAUCGAGAUCGACAUUAACGUUAAAUUCUUGGGAAUUUUGCUGCCAUAACAGCCUAACGAGCUAGUAAGCCCAGAAUCUGCAAGAAGAAUGUUUGGAGGGUCACAGACCAGCCAUCUUCGGGAAUGAGGCUCUAUGGGCAGAAGGUAAAGACGCAUUUCAACGACAGGUAAUCUUCGCGGACAUUACAGUUCCCGCACAAAAUGGAGGCUGUCAUGACAACCUCGUGAACCCUCCAGCUUCGUCAUGCGUCACUAGCUCUGUACGUCACAAGGCGGCCAUACUAGCGUAGCGUCAUGGGGAACAAAACGUCACAGAUGCUGGCCACCGGCCGGAGCCCGUGUGACGCAGCAGUCCACGAACGGUCCCUGCCCCACAUCGAGGCGCCCUACACGGGCCCCUGGGCCGAGUACCAGUUCGUCGACGUCAAGGUUCCUGUGGACGGUGACGUCAAGUUUAGCUUCACUGACGUCACCAUGGCGUCAACCAGGACAGACAGUUUCUUGCCCACCCUGGCGGCGGUUUACUCGCAAGGAUACCGACUGGUGACGUUCUGUCGCCUGCAAGGCUCCUACCAACAGAAGCGACCCUUUGUGCCAGGGAGCAGUCUGCGCUACCAAGGCAUUCUGUGCAGGUACGAAGGGGACCCUGGCAACGAGGGCUGGCGACUGGAGACGGAGAAGUCCGUGUUGCACGUGCAGCACCUGACGCCGGGGCUGGUGGCCACGGAUGCUGGGCCGGGCACGCAGCACGUGCAGCAAGUCAUCUCCAACAUCGUGCACACCGGCGGGCGACUUCUGACGGUCCAAUGGUCAGGCGAAGCCAUUCCCUCGGCUACAGAUUCCCCCUUGGGUGUGGACAUGUUCUUCGAGGUUCCCGAUAAACCGCUGCCUGAGCGGUCCAUCUACCAGCUAGUGACAGCCCCUGCUCACCUUGUCCGGCGAUCCAUCCUGACUUCCAAGGGACACCUCACGUGCGACUGGGUCGGCAUCCUCACGCGCCAUCUAGCGCGCGGCUGGCGUCUGGUGGACAUCUUCUGCGAGGCUCCUGCCUGCAGCCUCCCCGUGGCCCUGUCGCCCACCCACAGCAAGCUGCAGACGGUGUGGUUCUUCGAGAAACCGGAAUCUCGGGCCAGGGAUGACUCUCCGGUGUACGAGGGAACGAUAGUCGAACACUGGGUGGAUGCAUCGCCUCCUGCAGCUGCAGGCGACUGCUCGGCAGGCCUCGCGGGGGCGGUUGGCCGACGUGGUGGUGGAGGCUGUGGUGGGAGUGGAAAGAAGUCGAGCAAGAAGGGGCAGAUGUCUGCAAGCAUCAGAAAACGAGGGGUGGAGGAUUGCGCUGGAGGAAGAGGAGGAGAAGGCGAGGAAAAGAGAGGCACUGAUGGCAGAAGGGACCCUGGCGAGCCAGUGGACUCUGGUCCAUCAUCUGCUUUGCAGCUCGACGUUCCAGACACGGUGACUGACAAACAGAGCAAGGGAAGAAACAAAAACAGCAACGCCGCUUCCGGAGGGGAGAGCACCCGGUCGGCACGUGCGCGGCGGUCAAGUGGGGUGGCCGGGUGGGAGGCAGUCGUGCGUUCGAUGGGCGAGAAAGGCUGGGAACUGGCCUGCAUCGUCAACACCAUGGAUACCCACUCCCUGAACAAGCGCACCGUGGUGAAGGUUCUGCUGGUCUUUCAGCGCCGCCUGUCGCUCAGCCUGUGUCUUCCGGUUUGUCGCAGGACCAGCGACGGACUGUUCCUCAGACCAGACACCGCUGCCUCCACCACAGUCAUCUGCGACCUGCCGACGAUGACAGGCGACACCUCCUCGCACCUCAACCCUAGCCUGGCGGUGAGGCUGCCCAUUAGCCGCUCGGGCAGCAGGGACGGCGUCGACGACUUCAACACCAACGACGGUGAUGACGACAUUCCCUCCACCAUCGGCGGCUCCUGCAGCAGAACGCACUCCACCACGGAGCUGUCCACGCACGACCCACUGUUGCUGGAGCCUGGGGCCGCGGGGAGGCGACGCGAUGGCGGAGGGUCUUACCUGGAGCCCAUCCAUGUGUUGGGCAAGGAGGACGAAAGAGAAGCCGUCGGUGGUCGGGGGACUUCGUGGGACGCACGCUCGUCGCCGCAAGUCACUGCCGAGGUGCACAACUCUUGUGAAGCACGAGUUGAGUUACAAACUGAUGUAACAGGUGAGAAGCUGGGGUGUGACAGCCAGUGUGCGUGGCUGUGACAAGCCGGAGCGUGAUAACGAGGGCUUUGCCAAGUCAUCGUCUGAGCUCGCGGUCACAGCGUUAGCCAGGGAAACGGCAGAGAAAAUCAGGGAACUACAAGAGAAAGGGAAAACAGAGAUAAUCCAGCAAGGACUCAAGACGAUCAUUUACAAUGCAGGUGGCAACCAGUCCACUGGAUCCAACUCAGAGCUGCCAGUCUCCCAGGCCACCCAGGUCCUCUCGGAGAACUCUGGUGGUGAGCAGUCUGUCAGACCUCACACAGUGUUGACAGUCUCCACUUCGGAGCAAACUGAUGGUGAUUCCUAGUUGGAAGAAGGACAAAUGAGCAUAUUCUGAACUAAAUAAACAUCUUCGCUGAUAUUAAAACAAUUAUCUGUCGUGUCAAGCAAUAUAGAAGGCCCCAAAUUCCUAUGGACCUUACUAUUGUCGAGUACUCAUGACACAUCCCUGUUUCCUCUACCUUGAUGAGCGUGUGUUUGUGAAUUAAAACAAAGGCGUGUGUGAAGUAUUACAGCUCUUGCAUAUACUGUCUUACACCUGAACUCCAGGUAAAUUCGCUGAAGUACACAUAAUUAAGGUCAGACAGAUGGAACACUACCCUUGAACACUAGGCCAGUACACUAGCAGUUCAGUUUCUGUAAGUGAAUAAUUAUUAAUGAGUAUUUUUUCAGAACAGUGAUAUGCUUAUUCGUGAAACGAGUAUUUAACAUGAAAGUGAUUGCUUAUUUGACAGAGUACUUCACGUGAAAACGAUAAGCUGGCACUCAAUGGAUAUUUUCCAUAAGUAAUUCCUUUAUGAAAGGAAAAUUUUUUCAAAAGUAUUGUUUGUUAUUCAUCUAAGGAGCGUUUUCAUCUAACAGUAAUAUAAUUAGCACUGAGUUCUGUUCUCUCCAUAAGUUUAAAGCUUCUAAAAUUUGUUGUCCUUUCCAUUUGAACCAAUACCGGGUUCCUACAUCAAUCAUGUGUUUGAUGCCAUUUAAAGAUUAUCUCCCUUUCAAUAACUAUCAAUGUGAUUACCGCUCUUGUCGAACAGGUUUUUGCCAGCCCGAUGAUAUGAAGAUGUAAAACCUGUAAACUGUCAGACAUAAUGAUUGCUACCGAUCACUUUAAUACAACAUGGUAGACAUUCAAAUUAUCAAGUUUUCUCUUUAAAUAUUGCAUGUAUAUUUUGUGGGCUUACAAUAAAAUUGCAUGAAUUAACUA